GAUGUUUACAAACAGAAAGUUGCGGACGUCCAUCGAUAAUAAUUAAAUAAAUUAGUUGUUUUGCGCCGAAAUUGCCUGUUAGGUAAGAAAAUGUGUUUCGGUAGUGCCAGAGGGGCGGAAUGUUGCUUUAUUUUCAGCCAGUAGAAGUACAGUAAGUGUGUGCAUAUGGAAAGUGGACAAUGAAUGUGUUGUGGAAUCUGUAAAAGGUCAUCAUUUAACAUGGCAGAUGUUCUGCCGCUCCGACGUCUGGAGCCCCCCAUCCAGAAAUUCAUCAAAGUCGUGAUCCCCACUGAUCUGGAGCGCCUCCAUCAGCAUCAGCACAACAUAGAAAAGUUCCAGAGAAUUGGCCAGUGGGACAGACUGCACCAGGAGCAUAUCAAUGCCAGUCGGACUGUUCAGCAAUUGCGCUCUAACCUGAAGGAGAUGGAGAAGUUAUGUGGGCGUGUCCGCAGCACAGAUGCCCCAGCACUUGAGAAACUUGUCCAGCCAGUCAGAGAGCGUGCCUCAGCUGCUGCUCAGAACUUCCUUCGCCUUCAUUCUGACUCGAUCAACCAUCUAGGGCCAUGCCCACAGCAGCACGACGUGCACAAUGCCUCCAAUGCUGCUUACAGUGAUCCAGAUGUAGGUGGGGCUGAGUCGCUGCUUACUCAAACUCAGCUUUUUCUACCUGCAAUCCCGCCGGAACAAAAUGCUGCAGAGUCUUGGUGCUCUUUAGAGGAGGAUCUGUUGGAGUUGAACGGUUUAGUGAAUGAAUUCUCUUGUCUUGUGCAUGCUCAGCAGGAGAAGAUUGACAGCAUCGAGGCAAACGUUAGUGUAGCGGCAGCUAACGUGGAGGAGGGGACACGGAGCCUGGGGAAGGCGGCACGCUCAAGCCUGGCAGUGUUACCUGUAGCAGGGGCAGUGGUGGGGACUGUUUUGGCAGGUCCGUUGGGGCUGCUGGCCGGGUUUAAGGUGGCUGGCGUGGCGGCUGCUGUCGGGGGUGGUCUGCUUGGCUUUGCUGGGGGCAACCUCAUCCAGCGCAAGAAGAAAGAGAGAGUGGAGCUCCACCUUCAAGAGCUCAACAACACUAAAGAUGGACAUGAACAUGUGCAAUAACACACAAACACAUCUGGGGAGUGUGGAGUCACAUACAUACACAAACUUACUGCAGCACAUUUUAACCCCUUUAACUGCACACUUCAGUUCUUCUCUUUUAUAACCACCUAAUCCUGCAUAGUCAUUUCAUAAUAGAUAGCAAAUAAUUUGUAGUAGUCACUGAAUAUUAAGUCUUACAGUUUACUUUUUUGGUGCAUUUUAUUUUCCUCUCCAGGGCCACUUAUGCCAUUUUUGUGGUUUAUUGUGCCAGAAAAAACAUUUUCCAACCUCCAUAUAUCCCUUACAACUAUGCAGGCUGCUUUUUUUAUGGUGCCUUUAAGGCUGAUAUAUGAAAAUGUUCUCUGUUCUGAUUGGCUGCCCUGUUGUGCUUCAUUCAAGAAGCAAUUCAGACUGAAACACUCCUAACUUUAGUGCAAAUGGUUGGAGCUCAAGUGUUGUAGGCUGAACGGGCGGAUAUAUGCAAAUGUAUUGGUUUUUAUAACAUCAUAAAAAUCAUUGAUUCAAAUUGGGACAUAUUUUGCAGCUUAAUUUCCAAAUGUUGACCAUAUGAACCAGAGAAUGAUCAGUACUUUUUGAAAUUGUAACAAUGUUUACAUACUACAUCAUACUGAACAGUUUGUUUUUCCCAUGAUAUUGGCUAAGGUUAAUUUAACUGCAUGAUAAUCAGUGUAGUUUAAGGGGUUAAACUGCGAAACAAGUGGUCUUUUGAUUUUACUGCUAAUCUCUAUUGUACUGCCUUAAAUAGUCGACCGUUUUUGCGCCAAAGCCAAAACUGCCGCUUGAUUCUCUUUCUGCAUCCUAACGGGUGUGUUUUAGUACCUCUGUAUUGAUGUGACUGUUGGUCAAAGCAUUUGUGCAUUUACUGUGGCUGUGGGCCACAUGAUUUAUCGGAGCAAAUUUCAAACGAUAGGAAACAAAGUCCACGUCUCUUUUAUUGAUCCAGCGAGCUGUGGCAGUUUGCACAGAUGACAGCAUUCCACUGGGGUGUCUUGUGGGUCUUAUGUGGGGUUAUGAAUGAUGUGGAUAAGACUGGGAGUGUACACUGUAAUAUGUGUGCCUAUGCGCGUAUAUGUAGGUGGCAAAUUAUAAUCUAUUUUUUUUUGUCAGGUAUUGUUGAGGAGGCAGAAUGAUCUCCAGUCUCCUUUCUGAUAGGACAGAUUUUCUUCUCAGCACAAUGCUACAAUAAAAGGGGUUUUGGGGGAGGCUAUUAUUGGUUUCAUUCUUGAUUAAAUAAAUAUGCAGCAUAAGUGAAUCUUCUUUAAUUGGUCGGCUCCAAUUGCAUUUUUGAAUGGCCAUUCAGACAGGAGCUGAGUUUGCUCUUGUAUUAUUGCACAUAAACUCACAUAUAGCCUAAAAAGUCAUGUCUUGGAUGAAGCAAAUUGAACAUUAAAAAAAAAUGCAUGCAAUUUUUUAAAAAA